CGGUAUCGGAGUAAAUUUCGAUAUUCACCAGCUGCGUCAACAUAAACAUUUACCAACACUGUGCACGUACGAAAAACAGCUGUUGUGUCUAAUUGUUAAAAAAAAUUAUAACAAAAAAACAUUGGCUUCGGUGGACAAUGCACAGGAAGAGUAACAAAGCGUAAGGGCCCAGCCAACGCCAGCCUUUGCAAUGAAUUUAAGACCACGAUGCAGGAAAUGGCUUCCAUUAGCCACUCAGCAGCUUCGCAUACGCAAUCUCGCGCGUAUACAAGGUGUCAACAUUGUUGCCUGCGGGGCGGUGGAAGAGCCAGAGUCCGAUAUGCUACUUUUUUAUACGCUUCACGCAGAUAAGGCUAGUAAACCAUUUUAUACAAGUGAGAAGUUGCCUCAGCGUCAUCAGUAUCAAAAGUGGGCGGAAAUCAGUGCUGUUGAUGAUGAGUGGAGGAAAUCCAAUUUGAAGUGCGUUUGCGUCAAGGUGUGGAAGCAACAAGAGAAGCACGAGCAAUGCCAACCAAGUGAGACUGAGCCUAAGAUCGGAACAAAAGAGGAAAAAAAGACAACCAUUUGUGGGCUACAGUCAACACAACUGACGCCUUAUAAGCUAACACGCCCACCUGAGUUAUUAUUUACCUGGGGCGUUUAUUUUUCCGGACUUACCCCAUUGGCUCCACUAACAGCCGCUCAGUGUGGCUCGAAUUGUUUGAUUUUCCAUUUGAAUGGCGAACAAUUCACUUCCCCGUCAAUGAUCAGCGAGCAGGGGCUGCAUUAUCAAUUGCAUUUGCAAUACCAAAACUAUGGAGCCGACGAGGAGCCAGAUGAAACUGAACCACCUGAAGAUCAGGGUAUUAAUUCGCCACCAGCUAGCCGAAGUUCCAGUCCUAUGCUAAGAAUGAGGACCAUGCGAUAUGCCCAAUUGAAAUGCCAACAACAAGAGAUCCGACAUAGUUAUGAUUUGGAUUAUUUAUUACAACUGCAGCGCCAGCAACGGUUGGAGCAAUUAAUAUUACAGCAGAAGCAAGAAAAAGCAGAAGAAAUAAAACUUCUUAGUGUUCAGUGCAUAACGCCGAAUGAACUAAGGCUAAAGCCACACACUAGAUCGCUUUACCGAGAGCAUAACCAUCACCACCAACAUUCCAUGGGGCGGACAUUGAGUGAGCUGCUGGCCGAACAGCAAGAGAUUGCACCUAGCACACUUUUUAAUGCCCAACGGCUGACUAGAAAUAUUGAGGGAUUACGCUGUAAGCAGCGUUUGCUUCUCACGGAAAGGCAAACUUUUCGGGAGCGCAUCGAAAAGCAAAAGGAGCGAUUGGCCACAUUAAGAGAAACGUUGGAAUCAAAGCAGAAAGAAUUGCAUAGCCAGAGGCAUCGCUUGGAGCAAGAUCGUUUAGAGCUAAGAUUGCAGAUUCCCCAGCAUCUUGCAAAGCGAGAACAAAGACAGCAAAUAACUCGACAGGUUGAGCGUCGGAUGUCAACUUUGGUACUGGAAUUGCAAGAGAUAUUUAACAUUCAGAGUACACCAGGAUCGCAGCUUUAUAACAUAUGUGGCAUAUCGUUUCCCCACAUGGAACAAUACACAAGCGAAAGCCGUCAAGCGGCCAAUGCCCAAAUGUUGCAGCAUGUCUCGCCGCUGGCGGUGAGCGCUGCCCUAGGUUAUGUGGCUCACCUUGUUCAAAUGUUGGCCAUCAUAAUGGAUCGACCGCUAAGGAAUCGCAUACUCUAUGAACCUUCCCGUGCCAGGAUAGUUGAUGAAAUCAAGGAAUUGACUUAUGCCACAAGAGAAUUUCCACUGUACACCCGCUCCAUUCUCCCCUCGCAACAGACAAAAUAUGCCAUAUAUCUGCUGCGCCAGAAUGUCUCUCAGCUCUGCUAUGACAUUACCGGACACUGUGAUCUACGUAACACUUUUGGCAACCUUCUGGAACUCUUCAAUACAUUGCGUUAUAUUGAACGAACACAAAGAGAUGAAGUUGAUAGCCCUGAUGAUAAUGGGGGCAUUGCCAACUUGGUCAAUGGAUUGUCAGUGGCUGCUGCCGGCAACAAUUCACAAUUAUCACAGAGCCAUUCGUCAGUGGAUAUGAAUCAUGUGCCGUUGCCGACCACAGCAAAUGUUGCCAAAGAUGCACUAUUGCAACAAUUGUUGCCGCUGCCACCAGGCGUGAGUCAGGCACUGGCUAUUGAGGGUUACGCGUCAACGCAACGCAUUUGUCGAUCGGUUGGUUCCUAUUCCGAUGGCGAAGAGGAAUUUCCUAACAAAUUGGAACACAACUACUCUAAUUCAGAUUCAAAUAUAACACGGCAAUCGGAGCGCAGCUAAUCCAGUUGUGCUAAUUUGUGCUUGGCAAUAUAACCAAUAUAUAACAAUAAUUAUAUAUCAAAA